GUUUCAUAAGCUCCAAAGUAUGGGAAGGUGGACAUAUAAGAUGAAAAAAUUGGUUCCGUGCUGAAAGUACUUGAGGCUAACCAUACAGAUGACAGUGAGUUAGUGCUGAUUGUUGCCUUUUAUAGUGCGACGAGCUCGACGCUGUGCAUUCGAUUGAUACAUUUGCAACUUCAUGCGCCGAAAGCAAGAAUGGUCGAAAAAACUGAGGUAGGCACGGGCGCGAGCGGAUGCGUGUGACGUAUAUGCUUAAGGCCUAGAAUAACCGUGGUAUAUACCCACAAACAUCGGUAUAGACGAGGCCUUGCAAGAAACGAGGGAUCUGGAGAAUACUGUCGUAAAGUGUAAAGAUUGUCUGAGGACAGACACAGGAAGGAAUAACACCAAGGUGCUCUAGAAUAGUCAUCAUGGCUACAGUUUUAUCACAGUAUAGUACAACAGGCUUUUACAAGGCACCUGUGAGUAAAGGCCUGAUGGGCGGCCUGUUCCUGACAUGCACGGCCAUAAACGUGCCGCUCCUGGCGCACCUGCGGCACCACCUCGAGUUCCGACUGCCCGACAUGCUGACGUCACCGCUCAUCUACCGGCUGUUGACCUCGCGGCUUGCGUUCCUCGACACCAAGGACCUGGUCUGCAGUGCGCUGCUGCUCUACUACUUCCGAAUAUUCGAGCGACGCUACGGGUCGCGCAAGUUCGCCAGCCAUCUGUUGGUGACGUGGACGCUCUCGACGCUGCUGGAGGUGGUGUUCGUGCUGGGCUCGCAGCGGCUCGGCCUGGAGCUGCACGCGGGCCGGCUGCUGCCGCCGGGCCCGUACGGCCUGGUCUUCCCCCUCUUCGUCAGCUACUUCUUCGACGUGCCGCGCGUGACGACGACCCACAUCCUGGGCGCACCCAUCACCGGCAAGACACUCACCUACCUGAUCGGCCUGCAGAUCUGCUCCACGUCGGUGGCGACCGGCGUCAGUGCGCUGUGCGGCGUGGUGUCGGGCCUGCUGUACCGCUACAACGUGCUGCACGUGCGUCGGCUGCGCGUGCCGUCGGGCCUGUGCUGGCUGGCGGACCGGACGCUGGGCCGCCUGCUGUCGUCGUCGCCGCCCACCGACGGCCCGAUGGGCGCCACGCUCGAGGUGCAGCGCCAGCAGCAGAUCGAGAUGCUCGAGCAGCAGAUGCUGCUGGACCGCUACCGCGAGAUGCGGCAGCGGCAGCCGCCGGGCCGGGCGCCGGCGCCGCGCCACCAGGAAGGCCAGGGCUACGCGGAGCGGCUGGUGGAGCACGGCGACCACCCGCUCAACGGCCUGUACCGGCCGGCCGCGCCGCAACCGCUCAUCCACGAGCCCGAGCAGGCGGCGGAGCCGGCGCCGCCGUCCGAGGAGUGCGUACGUCACCUGCUGGAGAUGGGCUUCCAGCGGGCCGAGGUGGAGACCGCGCUGCGCUCCUCCAACAACGACAUGAACCUGGCCACCACCCUGCUGCUGCAGCAGAGCUAACGCUGGCCCCGGCUCAGGUAUCAGGGGCCGCGCGGGGCGCCGCCGCCGAGCCGUGGCGCGCGGCGCCGUCCGCUGCCCGCCGCCGGACACGGCGACGGAGCUGCGACGCCCGGCGCCGGCCGGCUCCGGACACGAGUGCGGAGUUAGGACUGGUUUGG